AUGGUGGUAGAUAAAGCGCAAGACGGGGCCAUGAGCUCUGCACCGCCUUACGACUCGCUACCAGCUCGGCCAAGCUCCUGCCGUGCAAAAGAGUGGGAAAGAGAGCUGCAUGGUGCUCAAAGACUGUCGUCCCCAAUUCGACCGGCUCUAACUUCCGUUUCCCGACGGCCUUCAGCACUCCCUGGAUAUCUGCUCUCACCCUCCCGAGAAUACGCUGACCAACAGCAACGUCUUUCGUUAUCGCUGUGCUCAGAGGCCUCGCUGGCGCCCCCUGUGCCUGCAGUGGAUGCUGCUCCACCAUGCUGCCGGGCGGUGGGAGUCAUGCCCUUGCUGCGCCUUGCGCUCCUGAUUUUCAGCUUCCUUUUUUGGGCAGCAGGCCUUGCGAUCUUCACCUUAGGGGUCUGGGCGCAGGCUUCGCUGUCCGACUACAUGCUACUCUCGGCGAACCGCUACCCAAACGCGCCCAUCAUCUUGUUAGGCACAGGUGCUGCUGUGACCGCUUGGGGCUUUUUGGGAUGUUUGGGAGUAGCUGCCAAACUUCCCUACCUUCUGCGGGCAUACGGUUUCUUCCAGUUGGCUACACUCAUGGGUGGACUAGCGGUGAGUCUCUCGGGGCUCUUUUACAGGGAGGAUAUUGCCGAAGGUUUCCGUAGUGGGCUUAAGAAAGCUGUGUUGGUCUAUGGAGAAGAUGAGGGCCACGCAGAUGCACUUGACAGCCUGCAGAGGGCGCUUGAGUGCUGUGGCGCUGAGGGUUGGCGCGAUUGGCUCAUGUCCGAUUGGGCUAUUCAAGAUACUGUUUACUCAACAGGAGGUUUGGGGAAUGAUUCUUCCACUGUGUCGUUGCCAGACAGUUGCUGUAUAAAACGCAAAGGCUGUCGCAAUAGGCUGUUGCCAAAGAGUGUAUUCAGCGACAUUGAGCUCGCCGGGAUUCAUGCUUACGGUUGUUUCCGCAAAGUCUUCAGCUUGGUAAAUGACAACAUCUUUCAUAUUGCAGCAACAGUCCUGGGCCUUGCAUUCACCCAGGUGGCAGGCAAUACCAUUUCAAGUGCGUCCGAAUCAAUUAGACUGGUAAAUGGCAAUAACUCUUGUUCUGGAAGACUGGAGGUUUUCUAUUACAGUCGGUGGGGAACAGUGUGUGAUGAUGGCUGGGAUCUGUUAGAUGCUGCAGUGGUGUGUAAAGAGAUGGGCUGUGGGGAUGCUAUUGAGGCAAAGAGUGGUGCUUUUUUCAGACCAGGAAGUGGAAAUGUAUUAAUGAGCAAUAUUGCGUGUGUUGGAAAUGAGCCUACAUUGAGCAGUUGCAGCUCUAAGAAAUUGGGAGAGUUUAUAUGUGGCUAUUCAAAGCAUGCUGGAGUCAUCUGUCGCUCCCUUGUCAGAUUGGUGAAUGGCAGUCACUCCUGUUCUGGACGAGUGGAGGUUUUCAAUGACGGUCAGUGGGGAACAGUGUGCGAUAACGGCUGGGAUCAUUCAGAUGCUGCAGUGAUAUGUAAAGAAAUGGGCUGUGGGGAUGUUUUCGAGCAAAGGAUUGGCGGUUAUUUUAGCCAGGGAUCAGGACCAGUAUGGCUGAGUGACGUACAAUGUUCUUACUCUGAAACGACUCUGAGACACUGUAAUUUGCAAGGAUGGGGACAAAACUCAUGUGGACAUGAGAAGGAUGCUGCAGUCGCCUGUCGAAGCAGAAUUAAGUUGGAAAAUGGCUUCAAUGCUUGUUCUGGAAGAGUGGAGAUUUUCUAUUAUCCCUGGGGAAGCCCUGUGUUGGGAACAGUAUGUGAUAAUAGCUGGGAUCUAUCAGAUGCUGCAGUGGUGUGUAGAGAGAUGGGAUGUGGAGAUGCUAUAGCGGCAAAGAGUGCUGCUUAUUUCGGACAGGGUGGGGGACCAGUAUGGUUGAAUGAUGUCAACUGCGUUGGAAAUGAGCUCACACUUGCUGCCUGUGAGUCCAAAAAAACAGAAGAUUACAAUUUGCAUUACAAGGAUGCUGGAGUCAUCUGUCAAUCUCUUGUUAAGCUGGUGAAUGGCACUAACUCUUGUUCUGGACGAGUUGAAGUUUUCUUUGAUGGCCGGUGGGGAACAGUAUGCGAUGAUGGCUGGGAUCAGUCAGAUGCUGCAGUGGUGUGUAGAGAACUGGGCUGUGGGAAUGUUAUAGAGGCAAAGAAUGCUGCUUAUUUUGGACAGGGAUCAGGACUCGUAUGGCUAAGUGAUUUACAGUGUGCCAGUUACUCUACUCUGAGAAACUGUAAUUCAAAUGGAUGGGGACAAAACAGCUGUGGACAUGAGAAGGAUGCAGGAGUAGCCUGUCAACGUGAUUUGUGGGCAUUAGUUAACAUCAAACUGGUGAAUGGCAUCACCUCUUGUUCUGGACGAGUUGAGGUUUUUCGUGACAGUCAAUGGGGAACUGUGUUUGAUGAUGGCUGGGAUCUAUCAGAUGCUGCAGUGGUGUGUAGACAGAUGGGAUGUGGAGAUGCUAUAGAGGCAAUAGGUGGUGCUUAUUUUGGACAAAGUGCGGGAGAAAUAUUUAUGGGCAAUGUAAACUGUUUUGGAAAUGAGACCAUGGUCAGUGAUUGUGAAUUUCGUAGAUGGGGAAUGCAUGACCAUUCAAAGGAUGCUGGAGUCAUCUGUGAUCCUUCUCUCAGGCUCAUAAAUGGACACGACUCUUGUUCUGGAAGAGUGGAGGUUCUUUAUAAUGGAAUAUGGGGAACAGUGUGUGAUAAUGGCUGGGAUCUAACAGAUGCUGCAGCAGUGUGUAGAGAGAUGGGCUGUGGGGAUGUGAUCGAGGCCAAGAGCGCUGCUCAUUUCGGUCAGGGAUCAGGGCCUGUAUGGAUAAGUGAUUUGCAAUGUUCUGACUCUGACUCAAGACUAAGAGAUUGUAAAUCAAGUGGAUGGGGAAGAGGCAGCUGUGGACAUGAGAAAGAUGCAGGAGUCAUCUGUAAGGAUAAUGUUAGGCUGGUCAGCAGCACCAACCCCUGUUAUGGACGAGUAGAGGUUCUUCGUGCCGGUCAGUGGGGAACAGUGUGUGAUGAUGGAUGGGAUGCAUCAGAUGCUGCAGUGGUGUGUAAACAACUAGGCUCAGUUCUGGGAAAUUCCACGUCAGGCGAAGCUUCUUCCGUCAGACUAGUUGACGGCAGCAGCUCUUGUUCGGGAAGAGUGCAGGUUCUCUAUGAUGGAAUGAUGGAAUAG